AGAGGCGUCAGUUUGUCGCAAAAUCGAACAGCAUCAACCCCAAGCACCAGUCCUUCAUAUUGAGAGGGAUCUUCCUCCGCCGAGCAUUUCAUCGAGGCUGCGCUUGGACUACCUGAUCGCCGUCUUCCUCACAAUGGCUUGGUGGUGGCUUCUCGAGGUCUGAUUGUUUCGCCGCUCAUUUGCCUCGCAACACAACCCACUGACAUCCACACAGAAGCGAUUAGUAGAAAUGGUAGGCCAUCCCUUCACAGGCCAGGACCUCUCUCUCUCUCUCCCUCACACACACACAUACACACGCACGCUCGAUGAGACAUCUAACCAAUCGUGAUCCUUCAGCUCCUUCGAAGCCCCUCCUUCCAUCGUGGCGUCCAGCGCGUCCACAAAAAAGUCCAUGAAAUCCAACAUGGCAAGCCGCCAGAAUACUAUGGCGGCACGCACCUUGACCACGACCAAGCCACCGAGCGUGGCGUUGGCCACUUUCUCAAGCUAUUCUGGGAGGAGCUGAAGACGGGGCACAAGUCUGAACCGCCCACGAAGAAAUGAAGAGCGGGAGAUGACACUGCAAGAUUUGUGUGAAUGUUGUACAUACGACCGCUCACUGAGCUUGUCGAGUUUGAACGGUCUGAUUCGAGCGAAGGUGUUGGAGGCGCACAUACGGUUUGCUCUCGAAACUCAUUUGCCAUGAUGUGCCUGAAAGCACGGUUGGACGGAUUUGUGAGUGCCUCCUUUGUGGAUCAAUGCCUAUCUUAAGUGCAAGGGAGAUACAACAGGCAUCCGAUCGCAUUUGGUCUUGCGCGGAUUCCCUGAAUAAUGCCAAAUUAUUCUGACCAAGGUAAGGCCCCGAAGUGAGAUACCGGCAGCAGUUACCACGGAUGCUUGAAGGAUAUGGGUUAUGUUCAGAAACCUCUGGAUAAAUGCUAUGUCAUCGGAUAAAGAUUGGGUUGGCUCAUUCUCUCUCUACAUGGGGGCUCGACCCUCAUUCCAUCCGAAGAGCAGAUUUCGUGCCAGCCAAGUUAGUGUGUGUUGCUUCUCCUCCUAGGCAUCACAGACCGAAAAACGAGGAACGGCAGACAUGAAAAUGUCUUGGAAAAGUGGACUACAAAAGCCGCCAUUGUGGAUCAGCAUACACGGGCAUCUGGUGGCUCUGAAGAGUGCUACUAUGUGCCACAAAGGUGUAUGAUGUUCUCUGCAUUUUGUCAACUCCCUGCCACAGUCACUUCUGAAGUGUCGACCCAGUCAACAAUCGACCAACGGGGACCCGAAAGGCGGCCUGGAAACCCGACUUUUUGGGUCCGAGGGGUGACAAGCGACGGGAAAUUCAAAAAUGUCUCCAGUUUGCUGCCCAAACCUGUUUACCUGAGGUAGCAAAGAUCUGUAGGCCUCGAAAAUGAGGCUUGAACGGCCGUGGGAUUCCAACUUGGGUCUACCGCUCUCAUUCGCCGGCCAGAGGGCUGAGAGAUCUCGUGUACAAGUCAACGGCUGAGGAACCCGAUACAGCGGUGUGAGGCUGUCGUCCAGAUUCGGGGGUGUUGGACCACGAUGGCAUGCUACUGCUGUCAUGCACGUCAAAGAAUCCCCGGGAGGGCAGUCGGGAGACGCAGCUGCCUGUAGCAGGGGAAGGAGGCGGGACGGAUUUGAAAGCAGUUGGAUUACAGAGGGUCCAUUGCCCGCAGCCGGCCGCACUGCAGCGGAAAGGGAGUGCGAUCAAAGGACACACGGCAUACUCCUUCUUUUCCAAACUGCUGUCAUCCCUGUUGGCAACCUGCCGAAUCGGUCAAUGCUCCGAUCCCAUCUCCUCGCACCAGCCCAGAGCAACAAACGGCGGUGAAAAAGAGAAAAGGGGUGCAAAGUGAGGAAGGCGAAAGAGAUCUGCGAAGUUGAACAGGCCACACAUAUGUUGGACGCAGUGGGUGUUCAGAUGCCUGAUUCACCUACACCUACGUUGCGCUGCGCCAUGCGUGCCCAUCAGCAGAGUGCGAAUUCCCUGACGGCGACAGCAGGGGACGGUUUGUUUGUCAACCUGUGGUUGGUGAACCAUUCAUUUGUUAGCGCUGUGGAACAUCGCCAUGUCCAAUCAGUGCCACCAGUUCGAGCUGUCAACAGACGAUCCAACCCGCAGAUCCUGGUGAUGUGACGGGCAUCCGCUCAAGUCGACUGAAUUCAAGUACGCCGAAUCCCUGCAAUAUCCAUUGUGAUGUUGGGCAUGCCGGUGUCGCUUUGCAGAUGUGCUCAAACACUGAGCUGUCAACACUGCAGGACACCCAAUCAGAUGUAGAAUCCGGUGGGGUUUGAAGGCUGAACUCAACACUUGAGUUCCAGAGAUUUGCAGGAUCUGGUGCGUACAAGCAGAGAGUUAUUGGACGCCUUUGGAGGAUCUCCAUCGACGGGUCAGGUCGGUCUUGGGGUAAGAUGCACUUGGAACCCACAGCCAGAUCGAAUCGACCUUCUCCAAUGUCCCGGAUGGCGAGGAGGGGGUCGUUGAGGGUUUCUGAGGGCUGACUGCGCUACCCUUGGACGCAGCGAGACACAUGUCAUCUGGCUUGUAAUGGAAACCCAAAAGCACCAAUGGCUCUUUGCAACCUCGUCACCCACUCCACUCUUCGAUGGACAUUAAACUCCAGCCGUGGAGCCCGAUGUAGUUUCAAACACCUAGGAAAACAGAGGCGAGAGGCAUGCGUCAUGGUCCUACCCCUCAAAGCGCUGAGAGUAUGUUCACCAGAGUUCCCUUGCACUUCCGGCGUAGAAAUCACCACAUCUUGGGCGAGAGGCGGCGGACUCCGAGCAGUUUUGGUUGUCAUUGGCCAUAUUGUGAUCUGGUUCUGUUGAUGGGCGGGGGCCGAUUGCUCGCUUGAACAGGGCGAGUGUCUGGGGAGCCAAUUAGUGAACAAUGCC